GCCAAGCGCUCCGCCAGCAUCCCACGCGCCUCAGCGCAAGCCAACGUGGAACCCUCCAGGAUCUGCGGCGCAGAUCCGCUCGCCAUGUGUGAGAACAGACGCCGCCCUGUCACCCCCCGGUCCUGGUGUCGUGCUAGUCCCAGCACACCUUUCGUCUGCCGCCUCCCAAAACGGUGCACAUCAAACCGCGCACCCUCCCUCUUGCAAGCACCGCGCAGUUGGACGGCCGGCCCUAGUUCUUGUGCCCGUCCUCCCCGUCCUGGCUCAGCGCACCUGCGUCGUUACAGCCUUUGGAGCGCCAAGGCUCGGACCAUUCCAUGGGCUGCACCUGGACAGUAUGCACACCGUUCCCAAACGAGCCAGCACUCAGGACCUCUGCGGCUGCGAGAGGCGUACUACUUAUGGGCCGGCCCGCCACCGCUGCUUGUAUCCUGCUAUCAAAAAAGCAACUCCAGCCCGCCCGUCUUUCCACCUUCCGCUACCAUCACUAGUUCCUCUUUCUCUACCAUCUCCUCCAAGGUUCUGCCCGUUCUCUGACAUCACUGGCCACCAGCGGGAUGUGCGAUUACACUCAAGUACACUACAAAUGCACCCAUCUCCGCUACACUGUCCGGGCAUGGUGUACCAAGUAUCAGGAGACGCAUAAACGAUGUCCCGCCAAUGUUGUUGCAAUGUAAGAGCCCCCGAGGCAGCCAGCUCGAUUCCCGCGGAAAGCCAGCACACAUCUGACGCACACGCAGAGAAUACCGGCUCGACGAGAACUGUGGUGCGUGAGGACUGUUUUAUCUACUUGAGGGACGACGUCAUGGACUGACC